CAACGAGUUACAACGUUUGGCCCACACGGACUUCCGUACACUCUACUGUAAAACCAUGUGACAACUACAGAAGCAAAGCAAACAAUCGCAUCUCUUCUCGUCUGACAAGCAGCGAAUUUAAGCAGCCCACAAAAUGAGGCUGGUCAUUCUGGAUGACUAUGAGCUGGCUAGUGAGUGGGCAGCAAAAUACAUCUGCAACAGAAUCAUCCGCUUCGAGCCGUCUGCCAAGAGAUACUUCACCCUGGGGCUGCCUACCGGGAGCACUCCUUUUGGCUGUUAUCAGAAGUUAAUUGAAUACUACAGAAGUGGGGAUGUUUCCUUCAAAUAUGUGAAAACCUUCAAUAUGGAUGAAUACGUAGGCCUCCCUCGUGCUCAUCCAGAAAGCUACCACUCCUACAUGUGGAACAACUUCUUCAAGCACAUCGACAUCGAUCCAGCCAACACCCACAUACUGGACGGCAACGCAGAGGACCUGGUGGCAGAGUGUCACGCCUUCGAGCAGAAGAUCACAGAGGCCGGAGGAAUCGAGUUGUUUGUGGGAGGCAUCGGCCCUGAUGGUCACAUAGCGUUCAAUGAGCCAGGCUCCAGCCUUGUUUCCAGAACCAGAGUAAAAACUCUGGCCAAAGACACCAUUGUCGCCAAUGCUCGCUUCUUUGGUAAUGACCUCUCAAAGGUUCCCACCAUGGCUCUGACUGUGGGUGUAGGAACUGUCAUGGAUGCCAAGGAGGUGAUGAUUCUGAUUACAGGGGCACACAAGGCCUUUGCUCUGUACAAAGCCAUAGAAGAGGGAGUCAAUCACAUGUGGACCGUCUCAGCCUUCCAGCAGCACCCACGCACCAUCUUUGUCUGUGACGAGGACGCUACCUUGGAGCUGCGAGUCAAAACUGUGAAGUACUUCAAAGGUUUAAUGCAUGUUCACAACAAACUGGUGGAGCCAGUGCUCAGCAUGAAGGACCAGCCAAACACCGUCACAGAGGGAGACGACUGAAGACUGAAACGAUUCCUCCGGUUACUGUAGUUCACUCUGAGCCAGUGUUUGACUGACUGUGCAGACUGUGAAUAUACUUCCUGCCUCCUUGACUGUUACAAUGAGUGUGUAGUAUUCUAGAAUCAGUAUUAAUCUCUUCAGCAUUUCAAUGAUGGUUAGUGUUGUGACUUUAGCCUAAUGAUGUUUAGUUUCUAUCGUGUUUGGUUACAACAUUCCUACUCUCGGUUCUCUUAUUGUUUUUUCUUCGACCGCUGCUGUUGAACAUACGUGUACUGUCAUCCUUCCCUCAGUUUUCUAACAGCAAUAAACCCUUUGCUAAGGA